UAUUUUGAAGGUUCACGUCGCUUCCGUUACCGUGCACGUCUCUGUGCUACGUUGAGUUAUUUGACUUGUCCCAAAUUCGCCUUGAAACGUGAUAAAUAUCUUGUCCCCGGUCGGGUUUCAAAUAUUUGUCAUCGCCGGCGUGCAACGUCUGCGACGAGCCAGCGGGCGAACGACGAGCGCAAGGACGGUUGCAAUGGCGACUGUUGGCAGUAGUUUUGUGAACAAAAUGUAUAAGUUGUGUUUCCACGCCGCGCGGCGGACGACAGGACGUACAGGAUGGAGGCUGCUUCAACACAGAACAUUUAGAGUCAAUGCGGCGUGCAGGCAGCAGCCCUUCGACUCCACGCUGGAGAAGCCUCAGUUUCCCGGGGCCUCGGCCGAGUACGUGGACCAUCUGGAGUUCAUUGAGCCCAACGUCAUCUCGGGCAUCCCCGUGUACCGCGUGAUGGACCGCCAGGGCAACAUCAUCGACCCCUCGCAGGACCCUCAGCUCUCCAAAGAAACGGUUCUCAACUUCUACCAGAAGAUGACGCUGCUGAACACCAUGGACCGCAUCCUGUACGAGUCCCAGAGACAGGGGAGGAUUUCCUUCUACAUGACCAACUACGGCGAAGAGGGCACGCACAUCGGCAGCGCCGCCGCCCUGGACCCCAGCGACAUGGUCUUCGGUCAAUACAGAGAAGCCGGUGUGCUGAUGUAUCGCGGCUUCCCCCUGGACUCCUUCAUGGCUCAGUGCUACGCCAACGCAGACGACCUGGGCAAAGGGCGCCAGAUGCCCGUCCACUACGGCUCGCGGGACCUCAACUUUGUCACCAUUUCGUCUCCGCUGGCCACGCAGAUCCCACAAGCGGUGGGAGCGGCGUACGCCUUCAAGAGAGAGAGCAUCAACAGAGCGGUGAUUUGCUAUUUCGGCGAGGGAGCCGCCAGCGAGGGCGACGCCCACGCCGGCUUCAACUUCUCGGCCACGCUGGAGUGCCCCAUCAUAUUUUUCUGCCGCAACAAUGGCUACGCCAUCUCCACCCCCACCAACGAGCAGUACCGAGGAGACGGCAUCGCCGCUCGCGGGCCGGGGUACGGCAUGCUGUCCAUUCGCGUGGACGGCAACGACGUCUUCGCCGUCUACAACGCCACCAAGGAAGCUCGCCGCAGAGCCGUGGCGGAGAACCAGCCCUUCCUCAUCGAGGCCAUGACGUACAGGAUCGGCCACCACAGCACGAGCGACGACAGUUCUGCGUACCGCUCGGUAGACGAGGUGAACUACUGGGACAAGCAGGACCAUCCCAUCUCCCGCCUGCGCCACUACAUGAGCGCCCGGGGCUGGUGGAGCGAGGAGGACGAGAGGAGCUGGCGCAAGGACUCUCGCAAGAGGGUCAUGGAGGUGUUUGAGCGCGCAGAGAAGCGGCUGAAGCCCAACCCGGAGCUGCUCUUCAGCGAUGUGUACCAGGAGGACACGCCCGCUCUCAGCAAGCAGCGCCAGGCUCUCCUGCGCCACCUGCAGCAGUACAAGGAGCACUACCCCCUGGACCUCUACGAACACUGACUUAACACUUCCUGUCAGCUGACACGCACUUCCUGUCAGCUCACACUAACACAAACAUACUAUACUGACUUCACACUGUCAAAAUUAUGUAGAUUUUCUGUAAAAAAAAAAAAAUUCCAGCGUAGUCGCUGGAAUUUUACUGUAAAAAAUAAAAGAUGUACCAGUUUUCCUGCACUGUAGAAAAUAAAAAGAUUUUACAGUAAAAACCUGUCAGAAUUUUACUAUAAAAAAGUGCUACCAGGUUUCCUGCACUGUAGAAAAUAAGAUUUUACAGUAAAAAAAAAAAACUGCCAGAAUUUUACUGUAAAAAAUAAAAGUUGUACCAGUUUUCCUGCACUGAAGAAAAUGAGAAUUUACAGUAAAAAAAUAAAAAAAAACUGCCAGAAAUUUACUGUAAAAAAUAUGUACCAGUUUUCCUGCACUGUAGAAAAUAAAAAGAUUUUACAGUAAAAACCUGUCAGAAUUUUACUAUAAAAAAGUGGUACCAGGUUUCCUGCACUGUAGAAAAUAAGAUUUUACAGUAAAAAAAAAACUGCCAGAAUUUUACUGUAAAAAUAAAAGUUGUACCAGUUUUCCUGCACUGUAGAAAAUAAAAAGAUUUUACAGUAAAAACCUGUCAGAAUUUUACUAUAAAAAAGUGCUACCAGGUUUCCUGCACUGUAGAAAAAAGGAUUUUACAGUAAAAA